AAUUGAGAACUCUCCAUCAACCAAAUUAAAAUCCCUUUUCUUUUGUUUUCAUACACAAUAAUUAAAAGAAAAAUGCACAGAAACAGAAACAAACAGUCAGUUCAAAAUAAAAACAAACAAACAAGAAGAAUCUUAUUCUACGAUUGUGCAACAAUCCAUGACUAAAUUACGACAUCUGUGUUAUGUCCAAAGGCUGAAGACAAGCAUCCAGAAUCUCCAGAUUGUAUAAAAAAUUUACAAUUCCUCUCAUUAUUCAUCAACCUUCAUUUUCUCUCUCUUCCCAACCUGGACCAGCUCACCUUACAUGUGAACUGCCAUUAAAGCUUAUUCCAUUAUCCUUUGGUAUCAAGCUUCUUCCGUCAUUCAAUUACCUUACUUACAGUGGACAAGAACCCACCUUUUUGUUACUCUGAAUUUCAAGAAUAGCACCCUCCAGCUUCCUUUAACACUUCAAGAUCCCAAACCACUCCUUUCUGUUUUCAGUCCAAAUGUCAGUUACCUGUGGCGUAGAAUGCGUUGUCGUUUUAGGCUGCAUGCGAUGGGCCUGGAAGCGCUGCACCUAUGUGGGUUCCGACGAUAGUGCUUCCUGGACUUUGGCCACUAAGGACGAAUUCGAACCAGUUCCUCGCAUCUGCAGCCUAAUCCUCUCUGUCUACGAGACCGACACCGAACAUCCCCAGUUCUCAUCGCCGCUCGACGCCAAGUGUCUAAUCAAGAGAGUCACCUACGAGCAGACCCACGGCCGUGCUCCUCCUUAUAUCAUCUACCUCGAUCAUGAACACAAAGAAAUCGUGCUUGCAAUUCGUGGGUUAAAUUUGAUCAAGGAAAGCGACUACAAAUUGCUAUUGGACAAUCGACUGGGGAUGCAAAUGUUUGAUGGGGGUUAUGUGCAUCAUGGGUUGUUGAAGUCUGCAUUAUGGUUGUUGAAUGAAGAGAGAGAGACAUUGAAGGAUAUCUGGCAGAAAAAUGGGAAGGAAUGCACUAUGGUGUUUGCAGGACAUUCUUUGGGGUCAGGAGUGGCUGCCUUGUUGACGAUUAUUGCUGUUAAUCAUCGAGAUCAAUUAGGAGGAAUUCCCAGGAACAAAAUCAGGUGUUAUGCUGUGGCUCCAGCUCGAUGUGUGUCACUUAACUUGGCGGUUAAGUACGCAGAUGUGAUUAACUCCAUUGUGCUGCAGGAUGAUUUCUUACCAAGAACACCUACUCCACUGGAGGAUAUUUUUAAAUCAAUCUUCUGCUUGCCUUGCUUGCUAUUUUUGGUUUGCUUGAGGGAUACCUUCAUACCAGAAGGAAGAAAGCUUAGAGAUCCAAGAAGACUUUAUGCACCUGGGCGAAUCUAUCAUAUUGUAGAGAGAAAGUUUUGCAGGUGUGGGAGGUUUCCUCCAGAGGUCAGAACUGCCAUUCCUGUAGAUGGAAGAUUUGAACACAUUGUCUUAUCAAGUAAUGCUACAUCGGAUCAUGGAAUUAUUUGGAUAAAAAGGGAGUCAGAGAAGGCCUUGCAGACAAUGAUGGAAAGCAGUUCUGAGACUACAACAACUCCUCCAAAAGUACAGAAACUGGAUAGGUUACAGACACUUGAAAAAGAACACCAAGAUGCAAUAGAAAGAGCUGUCAGUUUGAAUAUACCACAUAAUGAGAGCAUCACAGAGGCAGAACCUCAAGAGGGCAAAGAGGCAGAGUCUUCCCAUGGUGAGCACGAAGGUGAACAUGCUUCAGAAACUAAAUCACAGUCCAGCUUCUCAAGGACAAAAUGGGAUGAACUGCUUAAUAAAGUGUUAGAGAAGGAUGAGUUGGAUGAGCUGGCUGCAAAGAAAGAUGCAAAUGCCCCCAAAUAACUAUUGCUUAUUGUCAGGGUGUAUACAUUGAAAGAUAGGUGUUUUGCUCCUUUAUUCAUUUUUGUACCCACCUUUCUGAAUGUCCAAGUUUGUAUAUCUUCUUGUAUAAAAGAAAUUGCAAAAAUUCUAGUAAAUGAUACAGAUACAAAAAGUGCAACAUCACUAAUUUUUAAAGCCUUUGAACAGUUGCUUCGUCA